ACGGAUUGUGAUGACGACGCCAUUUUGGCUUUCGACGACGAAGCGGGUCGCCGACGAAGACGCGACGAGUCCGCCGACGAAGAAGCUCAAGACGAUGGAGAGCCUGGAAGGAGAUGCUGGCUUCAUGGACAAGUACAGCCGGCAGAUCGGCGCCUUUGGCCUCGAGACCAUGGCCAAGCUUGUGAAGCUCAAGGUGCUCAUCGUGGGCAUGCGUGGCGUCGGUAUCGAGUGCGCCAAGAACCUCGUCCUCGCCGGUCCUGGCGCCGUGACCAUUUACGACGACGAGGUCGCUGACAUCAAGGACGUUGGCGUCAACUUUUUCUUGACCGAAGACGACGUCGGCAAGCCCCGCGCCGCCGCCGUGGCACACCGCUUGGCCGAGCUCAACAAGAUGGUGACGCUCAAGGUGCACACGGGCAGCCUCACGGAAGACGUGGUCGCGCGCCACAACGUGGUGGUCUUUACGCACUCGCGCCGCGCCGAGCUCGAGCGCUGGAACGCGUUUUGCCGCCGCCAGUCGCCCGCGAUCGGCUUCAUCGCGUGCGACAUUCCUGGCGCGUUUGGCUACGCGUUCACGGACUUUGGUCCGUCGUUCACGACCCACGACGCGACGGGCGAGAACCCGAUCACGCGCAUCAUCACCGACAUCUCGAGCGACGAAGAUGGCCUCGUCUCGCUCCUCGGGCCCGACGAGGACGGCAAGAUGCACGAGCUGCCCGACUCGGACCACGACGGCUAUGUCGACAUCAGCGAGGUCGACGGCAUGGUGUCGCUCGACGACCCGUCCCAGAGCAUCAACACGAUGGGCCCGUACCGCAUCAAGUUUGCGACGAAGAAGGUGUUUCGCAACGGCAAGCAGGUCGACGUCUUUGACCCGUACCGCUUCCACAUUGUCGGCGGCACAGCGCGCUUCUCGCCGUACCUCGGCGGCGGCAUGUUUACGCAAUCCAAGCAGCCCUUCACGACGAGCUUCCGGUCGUUCCGCGAGGCGCUUUCUUCGCCCGUGCACCCGGGCGACUAUGGCCUCAUGUUUACCGAUGGCGCCAAGUUUGGCCGCGCCGAGCAACUGCAUUUACUGCUCUGGGGCCUCAUGAAGUUUGAGGAGACGUACGGCCACCGCCCCCGCGUCUACCACGAUGACGAUGCGGCCCAAGUCGUGGCCUUCGCCAAGGAAGGCUUGCCGGCGCACGACGACAUUGAGCCGCUGACGCUUGAAGAGCUCGAUGAGAAGCUCUUGACGCAGCUCGCGCAGGUGGCGUCGAUCGAGCUCCACCCGCUCGCUGCCUUUUACGGUGGCGUUGUCGCCCAGGAAAUCGUCAAGUUUACGGGCAAAUUCACGCCGCUCAAGCAGUGGAUGCAUCUGGACGUGGUCGAAGUGCUGCCCGAGUCGAUCCCGACCGACAAUGCGCCGCAGCAGUCGCGCUACGACCACUUGAUCGAGCUCUUUGGCGCCGCCUUUCACGCCAAGCUCGGCAACAGCCGUACGUUCCUCGUCGGCUGUGGCGCGCUCGGCUGCGAGUACCUCAAGAACUUUGCCAUGGUCGGCAUGGGCUGCGGUCCCGACGGUCUCGUGACGGUCACGGACAAUGACCGCAUCGAAGUGAGCAACCUCAACCGCCAGUUCCUCUUCCGUGAGCACAACGUCGGGCAGCCCAAGUCGGUGGCGGCGACGCAGGCCGUGCGCUCGAUGAACGCGUCGCUCAAGGUCAAGACGCUCGAGCAGCUCGUGGCGCCGACGACCGAGCACGUCUUCGACGACACCUUUUGGUCCAACUUGGACUUUGUCACGAACGCGCUCGACAACGUCAAGGCGCGCUUGUACGUCGACAGCAAGUGCGUCUUUUACAAGAAGCCGCUGCUGGAAAGCGGCACGCUCGGCACGAAAUGCAACGUGCAGGUCGUGCUGCCGUACAAGACGGCGUCGUACGCCGAUGGCCCGAAAGACGCGGCCGACGACAACAUUCCCAUGUGCACGCUGCGCAACUUUCCGUCGCUCAUCGAGCACUGCAUCGAGUGGGCCCGGGCCCAGUUUGAAGACGUGUUUGUCGUGCCCUUUGGCGACGUGGCCAAGUUUGCGGCCGACCCGAGUACGUACAUUGAGACGGUCCGGAAGGCGACGCUCGACCACCCGAACCCAAAGCAAGGCGCGUCGGCCAUUAGCCACGAACUCGAACGGGUCCGCGCGCUGCACAAGCUGGUGAUGACGCCGGACGUGGACUUUGACGCGUGCAUGGAGAUGGCGCAAACGCUGUUUUGCUCGCUCUUCCGCGACCGCAUUUUGCAGCUCAUUCACAACUUUCCCGAAGACCACUUGACCAAGACGGGCGAGCGCUUCUGGUCGGGCGCCAAGCGGUUUCCGCAAGCAGCGACGGACCUCAACUUCGAGGACUUUCCCAACCACUUGGACUUUGUCCGGUCGGCCGCGAAUCUGUAUGCUGUCAACUUUGGCCUGCAGCCGCUGCCCGAAAAAGAGACGGUGCCACGCCACUCGCUCCUCCGCGCGCCGGCGACGUUUGCCGAGUUUGCGGUCGCGCACGAGCUCCCGGCAUGGGCGCCGUCGACGGAGACGAUUGCCGAAAACGACGAGGAGCUCGCGGCGCAGCAAGCCGCCAAGGCCGGCAACGACGCCGAGGCCAACGAGCUCGCGACGCUCCUCGACGCGCUCGCGAGUUUGUCGCCAGAGGCGCUCGCGCACUGCGGCCGGUUGGUCCCCGCCGACUUUGAGAAGGACAAUGACGCCAACUUUCACAUUGACUUUAUCGCGUCGGCCGCGAAUUUGCGCGCGUGGAACUACCGCAUCAAGCCGGUCUCGCGCCACAAGUGCAAGAUGAUUGCGGGCAAGAUCAUCCCCGCGAUCGCGACGACGACGGCGUCGGUGACGGGCCUCGCGAUGAUUGAGCUGCUCAAGAUCGUCCAGGACAAGAAGCUCGACCAGUUUAAGGACUCGUCCAACUCGCUGGGCCUCAACAUGUACCUGCUGCAAGAGCCUGCCGAACCGGAGAAGGCCAAGGACGAGUACGACCCGAUCGAGAUGGCCGAGGUCAAGUGCAAGCCGCCGGGGUUCACCAAGUGGGACGUGACGAUGCUGCGUGUGCCUAGCGAGAUUACGACGGCCGAAUUCCUCGAGAAGCUCCAAGAGACGACGGGCUUGACGUGCAACUUGCUCUUCCACGCGGCCGCCGAGCUCGGCGACGCCGACCCCAAGUACGGUCCCGUGCGCGGCCUCAUGCUCUACGACCGCAACGCCUUCAGCGCGACUCUCAAGGCGCUCUACAACGAGAAGCUCCAGACGCCGCUGCGCUCGUGGGUCGCCGAACGGUACCAAGGCCUCGUCGACUGCGACCGCCCGUUUGUCGAGUUUCAAACGUCGUGCUCGGACGACGACGACGUCGUCUUCAAGAUCCCGACCGUGCUCUGCCGCUUUGAAGCCUAAGCCAUGGCGAGAACGCGUGUGAUAAUUGCCUUUCCAUCUAUGCGAGUCGUUGUCCCCGU